AUGCCACGGUCCUUUCCACUUUCCUCCCGUUCAAUCUCCAACCCUAGAGCUUUCUCCGCUGUAACUUUGCUGCGGUCUGAUCGCCCUCCAACUUCGAACCAGCUUGAUAUUCAUCUUUCUGCACCAGAAGAGCCACUAGCGCAGUCGAAAUCCAAUACGCUAGCCUCAUCACAGCAUAUCCCCUGGUAUCUGCAGGAAGAGGCGCCCGUCAAUAAAGAGCGCUCGAUGACCGAAGCCCAUCUUCCCCAGAUCCCAGACGACUCGCCAGAGAUGCUCCCGACACUGCUAGAGUAUGCAUAUAAGGAUUUGGGCUUGGAUGGUCUCAAGCUUUUUGACCUACGCGGCCUCGAAAUCCCUGCAGCUCUCGGUGCUAAUGUCAUCAUGAUCAUCGGAACUGCUCGCAGUGUAAAACAUUUGAACGUGUCUGCGGAUCGUCUCUGUCGCUGGUUGAGAAGUCAAUACAAAUUGUCUCCCUACGCUGACGGCUUACUUGGUCGCAACGAGUUGAAAAUAAAACUGCGCCGUAAAGCCAAACGAGCGCGAGCCGCGAGUGCAGCAGGCGCAAUGAUCGACGAAAAGGAUGAUGGAAUUACCACAGGAUGGAUUUGUGUAAAUGCGGGUACGGUGGAUAAAGGCGCUACUACGACUCAGUUGAGCGAUGUUGGAAUUGAGGGAUUCGGUAAUCUUGACCUUGGGACUAGUGUGGUUGUCCAGAUCUUCACCGAGGAGAAACGGGCUGAUGUCGACCUUGAUGGCCUCUGGGAGGCUACUUUGGCUCGUGAAGGACGCAAGAAUAUUCGGGAGAGCAUAGAGGAUUUAUCCGAGACUGGUGCUGCGCCCCCCAGAUCCAUGUCAGAUGGAUUUGGCUCCAUUCCUGGCCAAAGGAGAGGCUUUCAUACCAUGCGUAGGCUCGCACUACCUGCCAUGAACUCUACCGAGUCUGGUUUAAAUGCUAGUUUCCCUGGCAUAAGAACUUCGUCUUCUACACUUCCAGGCAGCGCAGCUGCAGUUACAUUACAAUUGACACCGACAUCUUUGCUUCAGAUUCUCGCUGAACUUCCGGCCGAUAGUGCACGAAAUGAGCUUGGGAGCGGCCCAAAUGAUCGCCAGUCCACUCUUUUUCUGCGACUUUUCUAUACCAAUUACGCCGCACGGUUUUCUGCACAGGAGAAAGCCACUUUUCGAUUGCAAUUGUUUUCCAUAGCUGUAUCUCGCCAACACCCAGCUUACACCAAGAACGCCCUUUUUGGCACAUUCUCGAAUUUUCUUCGCGACGGGUAUGACCUUCCCGAUGACCUUGGAUUCGAUAUUGUUUCUGCGCUUCUAACACCGAGAACAGUGGGCGUUAUCACCGAGCAGUCUGAGAUUUGCUCUUCAGAGGCUGGCAUGGAGCUUGCUUUGUUAGUGCUGGAUCGUUUGAGCGUGCGUGGUGUGCCGAUUUUGAACAUGAAAAUUUUCUAUAUGCUCUAUCAAGCAGUCUGUGUACCAAAUCCAGCACCUUCGAGCCUAGACGAACUGCAUCCGGAAGAGAGUUUUCCAAGUUUGUCUGCGGUUCAACGGACUGAGUCUCAGAAACGAAUCUUGUCUCGACUGUCCAAGAUACUCGCGGCGGCCAAGGUUCCAUUUGACGCAGUAGAUGCGCGUCAGCUUAUGUUGACACUUUUCAAUGUGGGGAUAAUGACGGAUUCUGGCGACUGUGGCGCCAGCUUCCCUUGA